GGUGGCAAUCAAAUUGGUGGUAACUUGGGCCUGGUGGAGAACUCUCGUCUGAGACCUAGGGGUAGAUAUUAUGGGGGUCAGAGCUGUGGAUAGUUGAUACAAGUCAAUGAUUUUACCUUAGCUAGUUUCUGAGUAUCCCAAAGUGAAUUAAUUGGAAACAAAGAAUAUGGCCAUAUGUUUCAGUAUCAAGGGCAGGGCUUGAUAUGGUAUCUUAUAAAUGCUAUGGAAGGAAUCAUUAGCUUAAAUCAGUGCUUUGGAACGUUUGUUCCCAAAAUCCCUUGAUGGUUAUUAAUGGAAGAAACGGUCUUGUCAUUUCAAACUGAUGUCACUGAUGCUCUGAGAAGGGUCAUGUGAAGCAGAAUGACACUCGAAGAUUUCUUUACCUUGACUGAGAUGAAAGAUGGCCUCACAGCCCCUACUCGAGUGCAGGAGUUGGUCUCUGUGAUGCAGAAGGAGAAAGAUUGUGGUGAUAAGAAUGUUGGCGAUGCAAUGAGGCAGUGGGCUGCUGUUGCAAGCACUAUUGCUGCGACAGAUAAUAAAGACUGUCUUGAUCUUUUUAUUCAAUCAGAGGGGCUUUGGUUCAUUAACAGGUGGUUACAGGAUGCUCAAAGUGUUGGUGACACAAAUGAAAGUUUCAUUGAAGAGUCUAUUACUGCACUGUUACGAGCAGUUCAAAAGUUGCAUCUAGACUGUGAGAAGUCAAUGUCAUCAGGGAUUUGGGUUACUGUGAAAAAUCUUCUUGGCCAUCAUAGCUCUAGGGUUCAGGAUGGAGCAAAAGUAUUAUUUGACAGCUGGAAGGUGGGUGGAAAUGGAGAAGCUGAUUCUCAUGAUAUGGACCUUGUUAGAGUUGAUAAUGAGAGUGACAAGAUUGUUGGGGAGGAAGGUCAACCAUCUGCUCUGAAUGAAGCCAAUAAUGAAAAUGAUCGUACAUCAGGACUCGUUGCUGAUGAGAAAUCUCCAUUGAGAAGCACAGGCAGUCUACAACCAGAACGGAAUGCUAGUGUACAAAUACAGAGUUCUAGUAGUAGUCAGCUCCAUUCCUCUGGAAGUUUGGAUGGUGAAAACAUCAAAGAGAGAUCACCAGACCAUCUUGCUAACGUUUCAACUUCAACAAAGGAAGAAGCUGGUCCUACAAAGGAAGAAUCGCCUUCAUGCACUGUGAGUGAGACCCCUUCAGCUGGGUCCCAUAGCUUUCCUCAUCCAAAGCAAGGUAAUUUUGAAGGAAAAUCAGAUGUGAAGACUUCAAAUGAUUCAUCCAAAUUGGAGAAGCAGGAACUAAAUUCCAAUGGUCCUCUAGAAAAACUAGGAGUUGCAGAGAUUUCGUCGGGGUUAACAAAACCAGGGCCUGGACCUAUUCAUAUGGAUGCUAGUGAAGCAAAAGCACCAGAAUUUGUGGAUGAACCUGUUUUACAUCAUAAUGUUGAAAACAAUGAGGAUAUAGUCUGUCAUAAUGCCACUGCUGCCAGUAGCAUGAAGACACAUGCAUCAGAUAGGAAGAGUGGGGUUGACGAUACUAGAGCUCUCAAGUCUAGUAGUCCAAAACUUCCCAAGGCUGCAGAAAAUGAUGAUGGCUGUUGUACCAAUGCAUUGCAGGAACCAUCUGUAAGUGGCGGUAACUUGGGAAAGCCUGAGGUAUUUGAUAUGUCUUUCUCCAGAACAGAAUAUACUAGUGCUAUAAAGGAAGAUUCAGGGCAUAUUAGUAAUGAAGGCAAGGAAACUUCAAAUGUUUCUGAUCCUAUUAAACCACGAAAACAUCGUAGAAGCCCUAAUAUGAUUGACAGGAAAACUUCUGAUAUUGAACUUGAUUAUGGUAUUGUUGAUGCUUUAGAAGUUGCACGACAAGUUGCUCAAGAAGUUGAACGGGAGGUCUGCAGCUCUUCUGAGAAAAUCUCAGGAGGAGGAACUGGGCAACCACACAGUCCCGAUUCUGUUGGAAAAGAUGAUGCCUCCACUUGUGUUGAGCCUAGGGAGGUCCCAUCCAGACAAAGUUACUCUGCUGAGGUAGGUUCUAAGGAGGAGAGGCAUGCUAAUAUUUCAGAUGAUGUUGAGGCUGAGAUAGGAUGCGUUCCUGAUGUGGAGUCCUCGCAUGUGACUGAAUCAGCUUUAGAUCCUGGAGGUAAUUCAGAGAAAAAUCUCUGUGCUUUUGAUCUCAAUGAAGAAUUUGGUUCUGAUGAUAUGGAUAAUUCUGCAAAUGUAAUGUCUACACCGAUACCCAUUGUAUCUGCUUCAAAGCCUCAAGCAACUCCUGGGUUGCCUGUGGCCCCUUUGCAGUUUGAGGGGACUCUUGGAUGGAAAGGAUCUGCUGCAACCAGUGCCUUUCGUCCUGCAUCACCUCGUAAAAACUCUGACAGUGAGAAGAAUAUUUCCAUCAGUGGGAACUCUGAUAUUUCCAAACAAAGGCAGGAUUGCCUUGAUAUUGAUCUGAAUGUUGCUGAGAGUGAAGAUGGAUUGGGAAAACAAGUUGCUGAGUCGUCUGGGCUUCCGUCUGGUCAAUCUUCAGCGGAACUUAGUCCUAUGAGAUCAAGGAGGCUUGAAUUGGAUUUGAACAGUGUUGGUGAUGAUGCUGAUGCUCAACCUUCAGAUCAGAGGACGGAGGGACAGCUCUUAUGUAGCAGAAUUGGCCGUUGGAGCCCGUCACCUGCAUCAUCCACAUCGUCAAUGCAGCCUUCUGUCAGAAACAUUGAUUUGAAUGACAGGCCAUACCUUCAGACUGAUUUGGUGGACCAAGGGCCCAGUAAGUCUCCUCAUAUUAUAAAUGCAUGUGGGGUUACUAAACCAGAUGCGCCUGUGAUCUCUCUCUUGGGUACCAAAGUAGAAGUUGGUAGGAGGGAAACUAGGCCUUCUCCAAAUGGCAAAGCUACGGAGUCAGCAAUUGAUCUAACAAUGUCAAGAGAUGGUGUGUUAGGGAUGGGUUCCACAGUAUCUUACAGCCAUUCACCUGCAUUCGGAUAUAAUGGGUUAACAACAGUUUCUCCUUUGUCUUUUUCAUCUGCAAUGUAUGGUUCAGGUGGCACAGUUCCAUACAUGGUGGACUCAAGGGGAGCCCCAGUUGUACCUCAGGUGGUGGGAUCUUCCCCGACUCUCCUGUCGUCUUACUCCCAGCCUCCAUUCAUGAUGAACGUGACCGGUGUGCAACUUGGUUUGAAUGGGGUUGGGCCUUCACGUCCUAACUUUGACCUGAACUCUGGCUUCACGAAUGAGGGAGGAAAUAGAGAGGCAUUGACUGCGAGACAAUUUUUCUUUCCUGGUCAGAACAGGGCUAUAGAAGAGCAAGUGAGGAACAUUCACCAGCCCUCAAGUUCUGGGGUUGGUGGGAAAAGAAAGGAACCAGACAGUGGUUGGGAAACCUACCCGUUCAGCUACAAACACCCGCAACCUCCAUGGAAGUAGAUCCUAAUUUAUCUGAUAUGUUUAUAAGCACGCCCUAUCAAUUGAUGCUUAUAUAACUUAAAACCUCGAGUAGGGUUGUCUCUUGGCAUCCUUCACCAGGAGAGGAACCAGAACUCAAUAAUAGAUGGAGGAAGGUGGAUGUAAUAUGACUCGUGAGAUCGAUUGUCAAAGGGAAAUUUAGGAUUUUUUUUUUCUUUUUUUCGCCCCCCAUUGUUUUAUCUUUCCUGCAGUUUCAUCAUAGAAGGGUCGGUGCAAGAACAGUAGGCUUGGUACAUGUAGUUGUAAUUUCUCCUUCAUAUGUCAAAGGAAUAUAUAGGUAAAGUAUUCCCUUUUCUUGUUGUCAAGUGGAGCUUCAGUGCAUAACCACAGCCGUAGGUGAUUAAUUAUUAGUGAGGGUUGUCGUUAUUCAAAGUAAUAACCUGUAAAGAGAGAGAACGGAACAAGGCCCCCCUCCUGGCAGACUUUCCCGUUUCAAAUUUUUCUGAUUGCUUAA